AUGGUAAUACGUGCGCUCACCUAGGCCCCGGUCGAGUCCAGUUAGAGACUACCGACUAGAUAUUUGUAAAAAGAAGCAGCUGUUCAAAUCAGUUGGCCAUCAGCAGCGGAGUUGGCAAAACGAUAGUUUGAUGUGACUGUGAUUUAGUUAAAGUAAACACAUAAAUUCAACAAAGAAUUCAAUUGAGUAUCGAGCAUAUUAAUUGAAUCUAUAUGAAUUGUGUGACUUGUGCGCGUGUUUAAUCAAUUAAUUAACAUAACUGUCUCAAAUACUUAACGUAUGCAAAUGCCAAUGCAAGCAUAGGGAUAAUAUAAGUGCCUUAAUAAAUUCAUUCAAAGUGAAGUAUUUUGCCGCAAGCCACCAAAUUGAUUUGAAUAAUUGCCAGUGAUAAAGCAAAAUCGAUUAAAAAUAUUGGAAAAUUCAUUCAACUGAAGUUAGUCAGCGGGAAUUAAUAAUUACAUAAAAAAUGGAGUAUAUCAGACAGUUUUACGAUGGCUGGCGGGAUCUUAUGGACAACAAAUCAGAUCCGCGCACCCGAGACUAUCCGCUCAUGAGCUCGCCAUUUCCAACGAUAGCAAUCAGCUUGGCCUACGCAUAUUUCGUUAAGGUGCUGGGCCCCAAGCUGAUGGAGAACAGAAAACCCUUUGAGUUGAGAAAAGUUCUGAUUGUGUACAAUGCAGCACAGGUUAUAUUCAGCGCGUGGCUGUUCUAUGAGUCUUGCAUAGGAGGCUGGCUGAAUGGCUAUAGCUUGAGAUGCGAACCCGUUGAUUAUUCCUAUUCGCCGCGUGCGAUACGUACCGCAUAUGGCUGCUGGUGGUACUACUUCUCCAAGUUCACCGAGUUCUUUGACACAUUCUUCUUUGUGAUGCGCAAGAGAUACGAUCAGGUGUCCACGCUGCACGUCAUCCAUCAUGGCAUCAUGCCCGUCUCCGUUUGGUGGGGCGUCAAGUUCACACCUGGCGGGCACUCGACCUUCUUUGGCUUCCUGAACACCUUCGUCCACAUCUUCAUGUACGCCUACUACAUGCUGGCCGCCAUGGGACCCAAGGUGCAGCGCUAUCUCUGGUGGAAGAAAUACCUGACUGUGAUGCAAAUGAUUCAGUUCGUGCUCGUGAUGGUGCACUCGUUCCAGCUGUUCUUCAAGAACGACUGCAACUACCCAAUUGGCUUUGCCUACUUCAUUGGCGCUCACGCCGUGAUGUUCUACUUCCUCUUCUCGAACUUCUACAAGCGGGCCUAUGUGCAGCGCGAUGGCAAGGACAAAUCGGCUGUUAAGGCCAAUGGUCACACAAAUGCCGAAAUGAAGCAGGUCAAGGACGGCAACAGCAAUGGCAACGGCAAUGCCCACUCAAAUGACUUCCAGAAUCGCUUCCAGAACACCUUCUCCAAAUUCACCACAGAGAUGUGCAAUCCGGCYCUCAACUCCAACUCGACGUCGACGGCGCGACAACGUGUUCUCAUCAAUGCGGGCAACAAGUGAGAGCCGAGCCGAGCCUACCCGUGCCGAGCCGUGCCGUGUCGAGCCCAGCCAGCCAACCAAGAAACAAAGCAUAAAUUAAUUAAAUGUAACAAAUUAAAUUACCGUAACAUUAAAUUAAACGUAAGCAUAGGGAGUCCAAGCCUAAUUCUAAGCCAAAUCCACAACGAACAUUAUAUUGAAAGCAAAAC